GAUACGGACUUGCCUAACAGGAGGAGGGAAAGGAAUACUUGGCACCUUCCCAGUUCACGGAAAGCAGAGACGUCCAGUGCUUUCUGCGUCGACCGCCGCGUUGGUAGCGGGCUUCCUUCCCACUCGAACCCCCUUGAUCUACACGUGAACUCAACUAGAGGUGCCGUCAUGAAUUGGAACGGUGUUUACAGGGAUGUGUGCGGCAUCAACAACCUCUCCUGGGCAUUCCAGGAGCACAUCAUAAAGGAAGCCCUCGCAUACAAGCCGAGGGAAGGGGACCUGUUCGUCGUUUCCUACCCAAAGUGCGGCACAACGUGGACGCAGCACAUUGUUUACGCCAUAUUUAACGACGGCAUGUCACCUAAGGACAUGGAAGAGUUCAUGCGGAGGUCACCAUUCAUGGAGAUGAUCGGAGCGGGAGCCGCAGAAUCCAUGCCACGUCCAGGUGCCAUAAAAACGCACCUUCCAUUCUCUCACCAGCCCUACUCUCCUCAAGCAAAAUACAUAUACGUCAGCCGUAACCCCUACGACUGCUGUGUUUCAUACUAUUAUCACUGCAAGUCAUUCGCCAUGUACCAGUUUGCCGAUCAGCCGUUCGACAAGUUCUUCGACCUUUUCGUCGAAGGAAAAGUGGAAUUCGGUGACUACUUUGACCACCAGAUCUCGUGGUAUGACCACAGAAACGACGACAACGUGCUCUUUGUCACCUACGAGGAACUGAAGAAGGAACCGUGCGCCGGAAUUCUAAAGAUAGCCGAUUUCCUGGGAGAGAAGUAUGGCAGAAAACUACGGGAGCAACCGCAAACUUUGGAAGGGGUGUUGAAUGCGUCCAGCAUGAAGACCAUGAAGGGGUUCAACGAGGAAUUCAAAAAAUGGGGGACCAAGACGGCGGAAAUAUUGCAAGCCACCGGAAAAUACCAGCCGCCCGCCAUCGAAUCAGCGGAACUAUUCACGGCUCCAAUGACAGGAGAAUUUGUACGUAAGGGAAUAAUCGGUGACUGGAAAAACCACUUCACUUCGGACCAAAUAAUGCGCAUGAAAAGCAGGAUAGCCUUGAAAACCAAGGAGAGCACUCUGAUGAGUCUGUGGAAAGACAUUGGUCUCCCAUGAGCAUCAUGUUUGUUUGUCAAACACUCAUUCACUGUCACUGUUUAAACUCAAACGCUCAUUACCUCUACACGCCUCGUAUUAUAUGACCCACCUCACUACCUAUGUUGCUACCGUGUUCCGCUGUGAAGAAAAAAUGGCCAGUGGCCUUAAUCUCUGACCUAGGUGUCUCUUAGUGGCACUCGCACCUCGGCGUUCUUUAGAUUAGCUUUAAGCGAAUGCAACGAACGAACCGAACUCGCAGGCAACUGUUUUCCAUUAAUUAGCCGGUUAAAUAUCAUCCCACUUUUUUGUGUGUGACGAUGAGCAAAACGAGAACAAGGUGAAAGCAGGAGCCAACGCAUAUGCUUUCCUCACCACAGUAUGUAUAGGUGGGGUUUUUCUAAGAACCCCACCUAUAUAUACUGUGGCGGGGAAAGCAUAUGUGGCCUUGAAGGAGAGAAGUCCACUUGUCGAAACGUUGGCUUCUGCUUUCACCUUGUUCUCGUUUUACUCAUCGUCUUCAAAUUACAUCUUCCACCUUCCCCGUGUUUCCCCUUUUUGUGUGCGCCAUCAUAAGUGACAUCAUCACUUCGACUAUCUAUUUCCGGGUUUCCAGGAAUUUCGUCGAAGUCGUGCUCACGUGGCGGGUAUCUAAAGUCUACAAUUCUGUGCUUCGAUAUGCAGUAAUCCAUUAUUUGUAAUUAAUUCUAAUUAUUGUAAGCACUUGAGUAACUCAACUUCUAAAUAAACUGAUGCUCUCGUAUUAAUAUCUAUAAUGAAACCCAUGAA